ACUUCCGGCGGACGCCCAACGUCACUGGUUUCGUCACUUCCUGCCAGUACCGGUGUGGACAGUGCGGAUCGUGGCCGCUGGCUCUCCGGUUCCCUGCCUCCCCUGCUUUCCUCCCUCCCUCCCUUUCCUUCCCUCGGCGGCUGUCGGUCGCCCGUCGCAGCCUCCCUGACCCAUCCCUAACCCUUUCCGGACCUCGGUGCCGCCGGAUUGGCCUCCUUUUCCUGUUUCCCGGCCCACUUGGGUGUCAGGGCGGGGGCCUUGAGGAGCCAGGGCCUCUGCAGCUGAGGAGAGAAAAGACGAGACGACCCUCGGCUCCGCAGCCGGAUCGCUCGGUUGGCCGCCGCCAUGGCGAUGAGGCAGACUCCGCUCACCUGCUCGGGCCACACGCGGCCUGUGGUCGAUCUGGCCUUCAGUGGCAUCACGCCUUAUGGCUAUUUCUUAAUCAGCGCUUGCAAAGAUGGUAAACCCAUGCUGCGCCAGGGAGACACAGGAGACUGGAUUGGAACAUUUUUGGGUCAUAAAGGUGCUGUUUGGGGUGCAACCUUGAAUAAAGAUGCCACCAAAGCAGCCACAGCAGCUGCCGAUUUCACAGCCAAAGUGUGGGAUGCUGUCUCGGGAGAUGAAUUGAUGACCCUGGCUCAUAAACACAUCGUCAAGACUGUGGAUUUUACACAGGAUAGUAAUUACUUGUUAACUGGGGGACAGGAUAAACUGUUACGCAUCUAUGAUUUGAACAAACCUGAAGCAGAACCUAAGGAAAUCAGUGGUCAUACCUCUGGUAUUAAAAAGGCUCUAUGGUGCAGUGAGGAUAAACAGAUUCUUUCAGCUGAUGAUAAAACUGUUCGCCUUUGGGAUCAUGCUACUAUGACAGAAGUGAAAUCUCUAAAUUUUAAUAUGUCUGUUAGCAGUAUGGAAUAUAUUCCUGAAGGAGAGAUCUUGGUAAUAACUUAUGGACGAUCCAUUGCUUUUCAUAGUGCAGUAAGUUUGGACCCAAUUAAAUCCUUUGAAGCUCCAGCAACCAUCAAUUCUGCAUCUCUUCAUCCUGAGAAAGAAUUUCUUGUUGCAGGUGGUGAAGAUUUUAAACUUUAUAAGUAUGAUUAUAAUAGUGGAGAAGAAUUAGAAUCCUACAAAGGACACUUUGGUCCUAUUCACUGUGUGAGAUUUAGUCCUGAUGGAGAACUCUAUGCCAGUGGUUCUGAAGAUGGAACAUUGAGACUGUGGCAAACUGUGGUAGGAAAAACAUACGGCCUUUGGAAAUGUGUGCUUCCUGAAGAAGACAGUGGUGAGCUGGCAAAGCCAAAGAUCAAUUUUCCAGAGACAACGGAAGAGGAGCUAGAAGAAAUUGCUUCAGAGAAUUCAGAUUCCAUCUAUAGUUCAACUCCUGAAGUUAAGGCCUGAGCCUCAGGCAUAUGCCACAGAUAGUAUACAACAUGUGGACUGAAACAAGCAAGCAGAGAAAAGCAUCAGCCUUCCAGAGUUACUCUGUACUUAAGGCAAACAUGAGCAGUAAAUAAUGAGGAAUAUGAACUAGCUCCAGUGCUGGAACUAACUAACUUGGUGUUACCUGUAAGUGAAAACACAAGCGUAUCAGAUGAAGGCAGGUGGAGUUAUGCUCUUGUAGUACGAUGGCCUGUUGUCAUCUUAAUGAAUAUGUGCAAGCCAACAUCCAAUUUCUCUUAUUACAAUUAGAUUUCUUGUAGGUGUUUAUGUUAUUAUGGAGAAGAAAAAUAUAUUGGCCUAUUUUUCUGACUUUUCCCUUAAAGCAGAAAGCCUUUUUUUGCUUUAGUUGUAAAGAAGAGGGAAUACAUGAUAAAGUAACUGGUUUGAUUUCUCUUUCAUUGUACACUGCUUCUGAACAUCUAAUUGUUUUUAGUUGUCUAAAUAAAAUGCCUCUAAAACAAA